UCUACAGAGUGUUUGCAGUGCUCUUUGACAGAUACACUUAUUUGAGAUUCAAAUGCAUGGAUUUUUGUCCAAAAUGAAGCUCAUCAUUUUCUUCUUCUGCGUGCGUUUUGUUUACUCAGAAAGGCACACCUUCACUAUAGCUUACACUGAAAUAAAUGGACAGACGAUUGCUGGAUUCCCAGAGUUUUCUGCUGUAACUACACUGGAUGGACAGCAGAUUGAUUAUUAUGACAGUGUGACAAAGAAGCUGAUUCCCAAACAGGACUGGAUGAGGUAUGCAUCUGGAUACUUCUGGGAAGAAUAUACUGAGAUCAGAGAACGAGUGCAGCAGAUCAACAAAAUCAACAUUACUGUUCUAAUGCAGCAAUUAAAUCAGUCACAUGGUGUUCAUGUGUAUCAGAGGAUGUAUGGAUGUGGUUGGGAUGAUAAGACUAAUGAGUCAGAUGGGUUUGAUCAGCACGGUUAUGAUGGAGAAGAUUUUAUCUCACUGGACCUGAAGGAGUUCAGAUACAUCUCACCUGUAGCACAGGGAAUAUCCACAGUGAUGAAGUGGAACAAUGACAGUGAACAACUUGAAUUACUGAAACAAUACUGCGAUAAAGACCGCAUUGACUGGAUCAAAUAUUUCUUGACAUUAGGGAAAGAGGCUUUAAAGAGAAGAGUCUCUCCUUUAGUGUCUCUGAUACAGAAGAAUUCCUCUUCUCCAGUAGUGUGUCAUGCCACAGGUUUCUACCCAUCAGCAGUGAAUAUCACCUGGUUAAGAAAUGGAGAAGAUCACGAUGAGGAUGUGGAGCUUGGAGAGUUACUACCAAAUGAAGAUGAGACCUUCCAGAAGACAUCUACCUUCAAUAUCUAUCCAGACAAGUGGAAGAAGGACCAGUAUGUUUGUGUGGUGGAGCACGAGGGGAUGAAGAUCCAGAAGAAUCUGACUGAGGAUGAGAUCAAGCGUAACAAAAUUUCUCCAGAUAACUCGAAGAUGAACCAAUAUUUUUGUGUGGUGGAGCACCGUCCACUGGAAAGACCGUCCAGAAGGUUCGUGAUCAAGAGUAAUGAAGAAACCAAAGUGUGAACAGAAAAUCGGUCAAAAUAAAAAGCCGACCUGCAGUGACAAAAAUCUUUGAAGAGUUUCCUUUAAUCAUCUGCACUUUCCCCAGAUUUCAGUAUAACUGGGAAUCUUCAGGAUGUGGGAGAACAAAUAAUUCUCAUCACACUUGUGUGACCAAAACAUUUUUUUAACCUUUUUUUCCAUUUCUAAGCUCACUGAUUAU